AUGGCGUCCCGCGACGACUACUUAGUCGGGUGGGUUUGCGCGCUGCCGGUAGAGGUCGCGGCAGCCAAAGCGACGCUUGAUCAUAUUCAUGAUAUCCUACCUCCGGAUCAAAACUCGGACGACAGCAACAACUACAUUCUAGGAAGUGUCCAAGGCCACAAUGUCGUGAUCACGUAUCCAACUUCUGGCGUGUAUGGCGAGACGUCGGUGGCGAGCGUGGCUACGCAGUUGCACGCGAACUUCAAAUCGGUUCGGUUCACUCUGAUGGUUGGCAUUGGGGGAGGAGUUCCGGAUUCCAAGGAGGAUAUUCGUCUUGGCGAUGUCGUUGUGAGCAAAUCAACAGCUGGCUGGCCGGGUGUCGUCCAAUACGAUGUGAACGGAGAGCGAGCGGAGAAGCAGGAGGAAUCGAAUCGCGGCAGAGCGCCAGAUCAGCCAACACCAGUACUUCUCACAGCUAUGGGAAAGGCCGAGACUGCCGCCAUCUUUGAGGAAAGCCAGAUGCCCAAGUACAUGUCAGAGAUUGUGCAGCAAGACCCCGUCACCUUUGCCCAUCCAGGCCCAGAGCAGGACGUCCUCUUUUCACCGGAUUAUCAUCACGCAACCAUCGAGUCAGAAGAGGACGGAUGCGACCAUUGCGACCCGGAUAGGAUCCGGCCCCGGCAACCACGAGAGACUCAGGAUCCUAUAGUCCAUUAUGGCCCGAUUGUUUCCAGUCGUCAUCUCAUACGCCACGGAGCGAGUCGAGAUGAGUUGGCGAAUAAGCAAGGUGCCCUCUGCCUGGAGACGGAGGCGGCUGGCCUUGAGGAUGCCGCAAAAUAUUUGAUCAUUCGAGGAAUCUGCGACUACGCAGACUCGCACAGCUCCAAGCUCUGGCACGCCUACGCCGCCGCUGCUGCUGCAGCAUGCGCGAAAGAAGUCCUUUCGUUCAUACCCGCC